UAUCAUAGAUAUAAUAUACACCUAUGUUUAAUAAAUUUAUUCUUUAAGAACCCCUCUGUAGGUAAAGGCCUUCAAAUUUAGCCAGUUUUCUCUGGAUUGUGCUGUCUGUCCUUUUGUUCUGUUCUUUUGCCCACAAAAAGCGUGAAAAUAUAUAUAAAUUGUGUAACAAUAUUGAUCGCUUGUAGCGCCCUCUUGCGUUCCUGUUCCCACUUGCUAAAAUAGACUCCAUGAAGGAUGUACUGUAGAUCGAAGAUGGUUCGAACUAAUGUUAGUAAUUCACUGAUGUCGCUAACUCGCUAUUUCCUUGUGCAGUUCUCACUCACUUAUUGCAAGUCAUUUUUUUAUAUUAAAAAGUAGGGUUAUUUCGAACUGUUGCCUUUUCUACUAAGUAAAUGCACUUAUUUUUAUUUUGAGAUCACUAUUAGUACGGAGUCAAAGUAAACAUUGGCACUGUGGCGCCCUGUCUUUAAGGUAUAUCUUAUACAUAUAUAAGGCGAUUUUAUUAGACCACCUUGUGAGCUAUUUGCCAAUUUUCUUCCUCAGACUUCAAUUUUCAUCAUUCCCCACCAUAUUCUCCAUGAUUUUGUAGCUAUUUAAGGACGUUUACGGUCUCAAUCCGUUUCUUUUGUGAGUUUGUGAAAUUACAGUCAGUAUUCAAGGGUCGAUCAUAUCCACGAGUGCAGCAAUUCUGUUAAAUAAUUGGAACUGUACAGCUAUGGUUGUCAUUGAGUCGUGCAUCUGCAGCGCAGUGCUAGUUGACGUAUUACUUAUUUUCACUACACUGCUAUUGAAACAUUAUUACUUAGAUUUCUAUGGGUUAAAGUAUAUUCCGUUUUUGAAGUCGGUUUUUAAUGUAAGUUUUCAACAAAAUUCUAAAUCAGGAGCAGUAACAUUGUGUUUAAUUAUGAUUUUAUUAUAUGUUACAGUUAAGGCAAAAAUAGUAAGAAGUACUAACGAAAGAGUUGCAAUAGAGGAAAAAUAUAUAUCUAGCAGUGUAGACGUUAGUUCCUAUUGUGAAGAAGAAAGUGAAUCAGUGUGCGUCAAACGAAAUUUGUCAUCGAUGAAUAGUCAAAAUGUGGACGUUCAAAAUACAAAUAAAAUAAUACAUUCAGAUGAAAAACUGCACUCGUGCAACAUUUGUGGAAAAUUUUUCAAAAAGUUAUAUCAUUUUAAGAUGCAUUAUAGAAUACAUACUGGUGAAAAGCCCUAUUCAUGUAAUAUUUGUGGUAAGGAUUUUAUUCGACGUAGUUGUUUGAUAAUACAUAAUAGGAUACAUACUGGUGAAAAGCUGUACUCGUGUAACGUUUGUGAUACUAGCUUCUAUACAUCUUAUUUGUUGAAAAUACAUAAUAGAAAACAUACUGGUGAGAAGGCCUUUUGGUGUACCAUUUGUGGUAAAAGUUUCUAUCUAUCUAGUCAUUUGAAAAGGCACAGUAAAAUUCAUUCUGAUGAAAAGCCGUAUUCGUGUAACGUUUGUGGCGCGAGUUUUUAUGAAUUUUAUGCUUUGAACAGUCAUAAUAGAAUAAUACAUAUUGGUGAACAGCCGUAUGAGUGUAAUAUAUGUGGUAAAAGAUUCAGUCGGUCUAAUGUUUUAAAAAUACAUAAAAUAACACAUACAGGCGUAAAGCCAUUUUCGUGUAAUGUGUGUGGUAUGUGUUUCAAUAGAUCUAAUGAAUUGAAAAUACACAUUAAUAUAAAACAUAAUGGUGAAAAGCCCUAUUCAUGUAACGUUUGUGGAAAAAGUUUCUGUCAAUCUGGUAAUUUGAAAACACAUAGUAGAAUUCAUUCUGGUGAAAAGCCGUAUUCGUGUAACGUUUGUGGUAAAAGUUUCUAUCAAUCUAGUAAUUUGAAAAGACACAGUAUAAUUCAUUCUGGCGACAAGCCAUAUUCGUGUGAAAUUUGUGGCAAGAGUUUUAAUAAUUAUGAUUCUUUGAAUAGCCAUAAUAGAAUACACACUGGUGAGAAGCCGUAUUCCUGUAAAAUUUGUGGUAAGAAUUUCAGUCAACCUAGUAAUUUGAAGAUGCAUAAUAAAAUUCAUACCGGUGAAAAGCCGUAUCCGUGUAAUAUAUGUGGUGUAAGAUUCAUUCGGCCGACUAAUUUGAAAAUACAUAACAGAAUACAUACAGAUGAAAAGCCCUAUUCGUGUAAUGUUUGUGAUAAGAGAUUUAAUAGAUCUUAUGAUUUGAGAUUACAUAAUAGAAUACAUACUGGUGAAAAGCCGUUUUCGUGUAAUGUUUGUGGUAAGGGUUUUAGUCGACCUAGUGACUUGAAAAUACAUAAUAGGAUACAUACUGGUGAAAGGCCAUAUUCGUGUAACGUUUGUGAUAAGAGUUACUUUAAAUUGAGUGAAUUGAAGGUACAUAAUAGAAAACAUGCUGGAGAAAAGACGUAAAGUAUUUAAAUGGAUAUAUUAUUUUGUUAAGUUUCCGUAUAAUUUAGUUUGGACGAAUGAAUUACUGGACACAUAACCCAAGAAGAAUUUAUUAAAUCACGAUCUAUCAAUUUUUUCUAGUCGGGUGGUCUACAAUUGUUUAAUAAUGAUAGUAGGUAGUGCUUUUAGCUCUAUACCAAAUAUAAAACACAUGAACGAGUGGUUCGUAUAGUCGAACCAAAUUACUAAUGCAACCCACCACCAGCACUUUAUGGAGCUUUGGCCACUAACAAAUAUUUCUAGUGCAUUUUUUUUCAAUUUUUCGAUGUCAAUUUUGGGAACACAUUAAGGUGUAGGAAGAUGAUCCUUCUUCUAUUCAUGUUUUAGACAAUGAUGUUGUCAGCUAAAGCUAUCUUUAUUUUAGAGGAGGUUCUCAAUUCGAUGUGUUUUUUUACUUUUGUUACAUUAGAACUUUCGACUAGGUGAACCGAUUUUGAUGAAAAAAUAACAACUUUCAAAUUGUAACUAUAAUGUUUUUUAUUUAAAAGGUUAUAUUCAAGGGUAGUUUGGUGAGAGUUUGGUUCGGUUCUGAUUAUGGGAUUCAUGACAAAGCAACGAAACUCUUCAAUUCUUAGGAGCGAAUUAACGAUACUCGGCCGAAUUUUUUAAAUGUUAUACGUAGAUUCGAGUCAUCUACCUUAACUUCGUUUUGGUCAAGUAAUAAUUACUUGACCGACAUAAUUAUUGUGAUGGUAUCGAAUAUAAUUGAUGACCAUAAUCAUAAGUGUGCCGAUAAGUGUAAACAAUGCUAUAAGUUUACCAUUUUAACCUAAUAAUUAAAUGUCAAAUCAUCUGCAGUCACGUCUAGAACAUUUUUCGCCAUUUCUCGUGCUUGGAGAUGAAUAAUAACUCGUUUUUUUUAUUCCGUUCCUUUUUUAUUGAGACACCUGAAAUCAUAAAUAGUUUUUACUGCAUAGUAGUAAGGUAAAACAUUAGUGUGAUACCAACUAGGGCAUAAUUAUACUUGUUUUCUCAUAAAAUAUAAAAGGAAUAGUUAUUGGAAUUCAGCAAAGAAAUCGCGGCUUACAUUGGGAUACCAUGACCAACAUAGUUGGACAGUAGAUACAAUAUGACAGUUCUAGCAAAUAUUAUAUAAACCAAUAGAUGUUCGCUGCUGAAUAUUAGUCUUGUGUAGAGAGUUCCAUAGCCCAAAGACCUAGACCGCUUCCGACUGGUGGCUUCUUGUGACUUGCUUUAUGUCGUCUGGUCACAUCAAUUCGCAUACAAUGUAAUGUAAAUAAGUAAUGCUAUUAUGCGAGCAAAUAUAAGUGACAAGGAAGGUACCCCUCUAUUGCUUUUAAAAGGUGUGACGUCACAUUUGUUGACUUGCUGGUCAUCAGCAUUGCAUGGAUCAUCGAAAGGAAACUGCAACAAAUAUUUGAUCACCUUUGUGUAUUCCACGAGCAGCGUAACUAUGUCACAGAGAGGUCCGUACCGUACGACAGCUCCAGUACGAAUGCCGCAAGUGUCGACACUGUGGCCGUAUUUAUAGGGCGCAGCGCACGUGUUUUCGAUUAAUGUUUUAACAAUAAUUUCACAUCACAAUGAACUAAUUUUAACUACAAUUGUAAAACUGAAUUAUUCUCGUUAUUAUAAUGGGUUUGUUGUAUUUUUUGCGCCGAUAUAUAUUUAAAGGGAUUAACGGAACAUGUAAGAAAGUAUAUGGUAAGAACUAUUGUUUGUUUGUAGUAUAAUAUAACAAGUUUGUAAAAUUAUAAUAAUAAAUAUAUAAAGAGGUUAUAUUGUAAUUAGUUUUAAUUACUUACGGAUGUUAUGUAGUAGAAUUUUUAAUUUCCUCUUAUUUAUUUAUAACGAUCGACGAUUACAAACACGGUAAGCCCGAAUGGGCUUAUAAUUGUACUUAGAUUAUAACUAAAAUUAUUGUAAAGUAUCUUGCUGUGUGUGAAAAAUAAAUAAAAAUUCACAAAUAA